AUGGGACGACUUAUGUCAGACCCGAAACCAUUCUUUCAUGCGAUGAACAAUGCUGGAUCCACUUUUCUUCCUCCUGGAACAAAUACCUCUGUGAAUUCGGGAACACCUCGUGUGCCAUUUCUUUCGGAACUCGGGGAAUCGGUGUCUGCCGAUAGACAAAUCAGUGCUAAUCCGGCUCCCUUGCAAUCCAGUCGUUCCUUGGCUGGCGAAAACAUGGAGUUGGGUGAUUCCCGCGCUCGGAUUUACGCAUCAUCGGUUUACUUAAACAACAGAUCUUCACCUGUUUGUUCUCCCAAUAAAACUACAUUUGCGCACACCAUCCGACGAAUUACAGCAUCAGACUCAGAUCCGUCGACACCACCGCCGCCGCUGCAACAUAAGACUUCGUCAGCUGUGUCUGCCGCACAUUCCACAGAUGUCGGCGAAUCCCCCGGUUCCCACCCAGAACAAUCCGGUUUCGGCGAUUGGUUCAAAUCUCAUCCGUUUCUGCCAUCGAUCAGGCCAUUCGUGAACAGCUACCACGGUCUUUUUACACCCCCGAUUUAUGGGAAUAAUCCGAUGACAGUUCCGUCUAUGCAAUCCCCAACGAGUGGAUCAAACGCCAUUUCCGACUCUUGGAAACCGAACACCAGACGUAUGGCAGAAAUCCAGAAAUCCGGAUGGACGGACCUCAUGUCCAGAUGGAAAUUACCCUUGCCUAUGAUGUUUCCUAAACACCCACUGGACACAUCCUCGGCACCUUCAAGUAGCAAUAUGGAUGUAUUUGGGCAUACACAGAUCUGUUAUGCCCAAUCUGUAAAAGAUGACCGAUCCGAGGAUGCUGUUCAAUCAGAUCAUAAAAACAGAAACACCAAGAUGAAAUCGCCGCGGUGGGAAGCUUCAAAAGAUACGACUGAUCAUCACCACUGUCGAUCAGGUGUUCCCACAUUCAGCUUGUCUGAAAUCAAUAAAGACAAAGGCCAAAGUGCUCAUCCGGACGAGUUUCGCGCCUGCUUCGACUCUAUGUUUUACCAGAUUCUUGAAGUGUAUCAUCAAAUGACUCAGCUAACCAAAAUGCCAGGAGUGGGACAAAUGGAUUCCACUUCGAAAGGGGCAGGGCAUUCGUUACCUUGUGAACGGAUGUCACUGCCUUUAUCAUCCCAGUAUUCAGGAGCAUCUAGCGAAUUGUCAACAUUAUUCACUUAUUCCCCGACACAUUCAAACGGUGAACCGGUGCUUUCAGGAAAAGAUUACGAAGAUCGCCAAGAACGACAGUCAAGCUCACGCUCUUCUCCUAUUCAGACAGGAUGUAAGGCAGAGAAAUCAAUAAAUUCCGGCAGUACUACUAAAACUGACUCGAACUCAAGGUCACCGGUAAGCGGUUUACAUUUUUCGAGACUCUAUAACUGUUUUAACUGUGCAGUUUUUUGUUACGUUUCAUUCCGUUCAACUGAAAACGUUCACACCUUAAGCAAAACUAACAUCUGUGUUUGGGAUCAACCUUAA